AUGAAAAGGAUGAAAAAAAUCCAAGUAGCCAUUUUGUCUGACGUCAUCGGGGAGGAAGGUAUAGAAAUGUUCAAUAAUUUCGCUUGGACGGAAGAUGAUGACAAAGACAAAAUUCAAGAAGUCUUACAUAAAUUCAAAGAUUAUUGUAUGCCCCGCAAAAGCACACUAAUUGAACGGUAUCUGUUCUGGGAAAGAAAACAAACCGAAGGGGAAAUCCUCGACCAAUUCGUCAAUGAUUUGAAAACAAAGGCUAAAAACUGUGAGUACGGUGAUCAAACAAAUUCAAUGAUAAGAGACAGAAUCAUAUUUGGUAUCCAGGAUGAAAGAUUGAGAGAAAGGCUCUUGCGAAAAAGUGACAACCCAACGCUCGAAAAAGUUGUAGAUAUGUGUAGGGCAGCCGAGGCAAGUAAAAAGCAAUUGAAGGCAAUUAAAGGUGAAGCUCAGGUAGAUGCAAUCUCAAAGAAAUCACACACAAAAGAACACUUCCCUGUAGCGCAAACAAAGCAGAAAAAAUUCACAUCAACAGUCUCAAAACCCCUGCAUAAAUUAUACAAAGAAAAAACAUUUGAUUGCAAGAAAUGUGGCAACAAUCAUAAACCCAAUUCUUGUCCUGCAUACGGAAAAAAAUGCAGGUUGUGUCAGAAACCUAAUCAUUUCGCAAAGCAAUGUUUCACCAAGAAAAGAAUACAUGAAGUAGAAAACUUUGAUGUAGAAUCUGACUCAUCAGACAAUCAGCUAUACAUAGGCGAACUCAAAGUUCACACAUUAGAAUCACAGAAUCAUUCAAAGGGAGACAACGCAUGGUAUUCACUUGUCAAUAUAAAGAACAAAACUGUGAAAUUCAAGUUAGACACGGGCGCCGAAACAAACGUUAUCCCGAAGAGCUUUUUCAGCAAAUUAAAGAACGCAAAACUCCAACAAACAUGUGUCAACUUAACGAUGUAUGGAAACAAAGUCGUAAAACCGCUGGGUGGAUUGAAGCUAAGUCUGAAAACACAGAAUAACUCUCAAAGUAGUGAUGCCGAAUUAUACGUUGUUGAUUUCGACGCAACACCGAUUCUUGGGUUGAAAACAUGUUCGCAGAUGAACUUGGUGAAGAAAUUAGAAGUUGUCAAAAAACAAAAUGAAAAUGUGAUAAUGAAAUCGCUACUAGCCGAAAAAGAAGUUUUUCAUGGCUUAGGAAAAUUCGAAGGCCAAUACCAUAUAGAGCUGGAUCCGACAGUCAAGCCAAUGAUCAAUCCACCCAGAAGGGUACCACACACAAUCGUGCCGAGACUAAGGAAAGCUUUAGAAAAGUUAAAUGAAAGCGGUGUAAUCGUGGCAGUUGAAGAAGCAACAGACUGGGUUAACAGUUUAGUGAUAGUUGAGAAGAAAAAUGGAAAUUUUAGACUGUGUCUAGACUCGAGAGACCUUAAUAAGGCAAUCAAAAGGCAACAUUUCAAAAUACCAACCGUACAAGAGAUUGCUUCACAGCUUAAUGGAAAAUCGCUCUUUACAAUUUUGGAUGAAAAAGAUGGAUAUCAUCAAGUAGAAUUGGACACUGAAAGUUCGUAUUUAUGUACAUUUCAAACUCCAUUCGGUCGUUACCGCUACACACGACUGCCAUUUGGAAUCUCAAGAGCUAGUGAAGUCUUCCAGAGGAAGAAUAUGCAAACAUUCGGUGAUAUUCAAGGAGUACACAUGAUAGCAGACGACAUGAUAAUUGCCGGACAAGACGGUCAGAACAUGAUGAAACGCUUAGAAAGGUGA